AUGAGUCAACCUUUCGUCAUUCCAGAUGAUACACGAUGCAAACGUGAAUCGGUCAUCAAUUGUGAAGCUGUGGCAACACUCGACUAUAUGCGCCGAACGUACACGGUUCAUUUUCCAAAUAAGAAUGAGUUGAUUCUUUCCAAUUCUGAUCAUAUUCAAAUCACUUCCAGACCUGAAUUCUUAUAUACGAUAAAAGAAACUUGUUUUAAUGCCACCGGUGAUUGUGCUCUUCGAACUCUGGAAUGGAAGAUACCUAAAAUGAUUGCACGAAAUUUUAAUGUUUUUGGUAUUGUCAAAGGUCGAUCAGAAACUAUGUCAUCACAGAAAGCUAAAUGA